GAAUUGAUGUUUCGAGAUCAAUACCUUUCUCGAGCGGACAUGUGGCAGCUACUGGGCCGUGUGCAGGAUACGGUGCUGUAUCGAGGACAAGUGCUGAAUUAUCUCGGAAAUGCGACUGCGGAAGUCAAACACAUCUACAUUUCUGGGAAUGAAGUGGAGUCUGGAUUCUGCUCUCAUCCACAAACGAAAGCCAUCUUCCGGAGCGCAAGCGCGAGAUACACGAUUUUAGUCGAAAUCUCGCAAGAAAUGCUGUCAAGCUGGAGCAAUGGCGAGUUGAUGUAUGAGCGACUUCUCAAUGGCUUCUUACCCGACUUAUUCAAUCGAUGGAAGACGUUGAAGGUCAGGCAUCAGGUGUCGGUCAUCUUGUUCGGCCGAUCAAAGGUGGCCAACGGAAAUGGAAAGCACGAUUCUUACGAGUCGGGCCACGGCGAGGACUUCUUUCACGUCUUGGUGUCCGAAAUCGUGAGCUCGAACUGGCCAUUGAUCAUCCGCAAGCUCAAGCAGGCAUUUAACGAUCGCACGCUUUCGCGGGCGGUAUCUCUAGCAGCUGAGAGUAACAUGCUGGAAGCUAUCCACUUGACUGCAUUGGACUUCUCGGACGAUCAAACGGAUACUCAUCUCAUGAGUACGGGGACAUCCAUCAUCGCAGUCACUGCGGGCACUGGGCUGUUCGACGCGGACCACACGUUGUUGAAACAAACCACCGACCUUCUUAUCGGCAAUAGCAUCGGCGUUGAUAUUGUCGCAUUGUCACCUAGACCACUGACGCCCGUACCUCUAUUCAAGUACGAC